UUCUGUUAUAUUUUAACCGCCUCUCGUCUGCCAUAUAGUACAAUGACGGGCGCAAGACAGUUCACUCGUUCUGGGAGGACAUCAUAUGACGUCCUCCCAUUCUAAGCGUGCGGUGCGCUGUGUCCCUCGGAUACAGCGGAUCACCGAUCAACGGAAAGAUCCGAAGAUGUCGGCUCGGUCAUGUGAUCAGCUGUGUUCAAUCACAGCUGAUCGCAUGUAAACAGGGAAAUGCCGCCUUGUACCAUGUGACAAGCUGUGACCAAUCACAGCUCUCACAGUA